AUGCUUCACGUUUCACCUUGUCCAUUGCAAGCAACAACAAUGGAAACGCACAAAAGCCCAUACGUGCAGCCCACCCUCGAGGGCGCGACGACGUCAAGCCUGUCCACGACGCGGAUGUACGCCCUAUCAGUCGGGUGUGCCGUGGGCGGCAGUCUCGCGGCCCUCCUCGCGCUGUCGUACCUCGUCUGUCCGCUCGACGUCGGCCUCCCCGUCGUUGACCAACUGUGCACAGAUACACACUACAAGUACCUCGUCCCGCUGCUCGUUCCCGUCACGGCGUGGUUCGCGAUCGCAAACUGGGUCGGGUGGCAGUACUUUCGGCACGCGUAG